AGGUAGCUUUGAAUUUCAAACCCUAAAAGCACCCUAGAGCACUUAUUUUUCUUUUCGAUUGGAAAUAUCAAAAACCCUAAACCUCUGAAAGUAAGAAGAAGAAGAAUGACACAGAAAGUAAAUCAAUUCAAAGGGCAGAAGAAGAAGAAAUCGAUUCCUCCAAGCCGUCAUGGGAAACAACUUAUUAUUCGCAAAGGAAAGAAAAACUUGAAGCCUAACAAGGUCACCCAGGAUAUGGAUACUGAUCGUGAACUGAGCAAAUUCAUUAAUAACUGCAAUGAGAUGAAAGCAGCAACAGCUGCUAACAAGGAAGGUGGUCAGCUUAGUAUUGUGAAGGCAGGUCCAGAGUCGAGCAAUGGUGGAAAGAAAAAAUAGAAAAAUGCUGAUUUGUGAUAAAUACAGUCAGUUUAUUGUGUAAAUUAGAAAGUCCCGUCUUCUGCUUAAUCAACUUUGUCCCAACAUUUUUUUUCUCUAUUGAACAUCAUUAAAUUCUUGUAAGUUGAAAAGAUAAUGCUUCGGAAAACUGAUAUUCAGGUCUUCCUUAACUCUUUAUUUUAAUGUGAGCGACACUUCAAAGUUCCGGCUAA